AUGGGAUGCCUUUGUUUUGCCAAGAAGGUCCAUAACCAUGACAAGUUUGCAGCAACAAUAGUUGCAGUAGUUAUGAUAGGAUACUCAGCAGUCAGCAAAGGGUAUAUACUAUACAACCUCACUAAUUGUGUGUUCUUUGUUAAUAGAGAUGAUCAUUUUAAGGAACAUAUUUUUCCUUUCAAGCACAAAGCAUUUACACAACCAUCAUUGUUCUCAGAAGUUGAACCAAACAACUCUAGACAUGUCCCUAGUAACAAUGAUCCAAACUUAGACUACACAACAAAUGAGAUGACAGAAGUUCAAGGAGAGGAAUCAAUAGUUCAAGAGAAGGAAUCAAAAGCACACCAUGAGGAGACUCAUGAAGAUAUUACUCAACAACAACAUGAAGUUAAGUACUCUUCCCUGAAGCCACCAUACAAGUACUAUAUUGCAUCUUUUACUUUAAUUAUGGAGCCAAAAGUAUUUUAUGAUGCUUCCAAAGAUUUAAGGUGGGUGGAGGCCAUGAGAGCUGAAAUUCAAGCCAAGUAUAAAGCUAAUGGUGAGGUAGAAAGGUUCACAGCUCAUUUGGUAACUGGAGGUUAUAAUCAACAAGAGGGCUUUCACUACAAUGAGACAUUCUCACCAGUUGUAAAGAUUGUCACUAUGAUAUCAGGCAUAUCCUUAGCUGCAAUGGAAGAAUUACGACUAAGUGCCUCUAAACAAGCUUGCACCCCAUUAGAGUACAACCAGAAAUACACUCUUAAAGAGUUGAAUGAUAUCACAGGCUUAGAAGGUGAUGAGCAGCUGGAAGACAAGGGCAAAUAUUAG